UGGACUUAAAACUUGAAAGAGCUCACAACGCUCUGUUCAAACCUCUUGUCUUCGUCACCGGGAAAGAGAGAAUCUCUUUCGAGGGAGAGCGUCUACUGCGAUAGAUGUGGAGGAAGAAGAUCUAAUCUCGUCAUUCCUCCCUUAUCUGUUGCUGCUCCUGUGCGGAAUUGCAAUCCAAUUAACUUGAGCAUUACUUUACAUUUUUUCUGCGGUAAGAGUAGGAGUAAAAGUAUGGGUAGUAGUAGUCGUGAUAGACGGAUGUUGUUCGCAAUGGCGAUUGUUGUGGUGCUAGCGGCGGCAUCGAUUUGUGGGAAUGUGAAUGGGGAAAAGAAAAAAGUAUGCAACAAAGGGUGGGAGUGCAAAGGGUCGAUCUACUGCUGUAACGGGACCAUAUCGGACUUUUUCCAGGCGUAUCAGUUCGAGAACCUCUUCUCCAAGCGAAACUCACCAGUGGCUCACGCCGUUGGGUUCUGGGAUUACCAAUCCUUUAUUAUUGCCUCCACUCUGUUCCAACCCCUCGGCUUCGGCACCACCGGCGGGAAGCUGAUGCAGAUGAAGGAGGUCGCCGCGUUUCUUGGCCAUAUCGGCAGCCAGACAACAUGUGGUUAUGGAGUCGCCACCGGUGGUCCCUUGGCCUGGGGGCUGUGCUACAACCACGAAAUGAGCCCAAGUCAGUCCUACUGCAAUCCCAACUACCUCUUCCCCUGCGCUCCUGGAGUUGAGUACUAUGGUCGAGGUGCCUUACCUGUCUACUGGAACUACAACUAUGGAAUCAUCGGGGACGGUUUGAAGGUGGAUCUGUUGAACCAUCCGGAAUAUUUGGAGCAGAAUGCCACCCUCGCUUUUCAAGCUGCGAUGUGGAGGUGGAUGACCCCAAUGAAGAAGAAGCAGCCCUCGGCCCACGACGUCUUUGUUGGCAACUGGAAGCUCACCAAGAAUGAUACUUUGUCCAAGCGAGUGCCCGGUUUCGGAACCACCAUGAACAUUCUCUAUGGGGAUCAGGUGUGCGGUCAGGGGGAUAUUGAUCCCAUGAAUAAUAUCGUCUCCCACUACCUCUAUUACCUUGAUCUGCUUGGGGUUGGGAGAGAGCAAGCAGGGGGAAAUUUGACCUGUGCCGAACAAGUGGCUUUCAACCCUUCCUCUUCGUCUGUGACGUCAUAAGCUUGCAGUCCUUUUACGUAUGAUGGUGUUAACAAACCCCAAUUGUGAUAUUGAUGCCUGCAUUUGCCGAGGAUUGUGAAUAAAGGGGGUUAUAGUAGGAGAUAGUUUCUUCCUUUUAUAUGUAUCAGAUGGAGUAAUAUUUAUUUCUGUGAAGGUUUAAGUUUGAAGAAACCCCAAUUGCAAUUGUGAUACUGAUGCCUGCAGUUGCCGUGGAUUGUGAAUAAAGGUGGGGAGGGGGGUAGGAUCGAGAUAGUGUCUAUGAUCAGAUGGAGUUGCCCUUCUCGUUCUUGUGUUAUCUUCUCUAGUUUCAUUGUAAAGGUUAAAUUUGGAGAAA